AUGAAGUUGCUGGUACUGCUGUUGCUGCUUUUGAUGCUGUGCCAUGCCGUAUGCAAGAAGCAUUCCAUUCAUUGCACCACAACUAUUGAUUUUCUUCCAGUUACUCAUGCAUUUUAUCAUCCUGGUGACCUGAUUGUUGGUGAGAUUGUUUCUCAAGUCUUCUACGCAUAUGAAACUCCCUCUUUCAAGGAGGAGCCUACACAGUUGCUCAUUUCUGAGCCCAUAUCAGUACCAAAGUACUACCAGCACAUCUUGGCCUUGGCUUUUGCUAUAAAAGAGAUCAAUGGGAAUCCCAGCAUUUUACCAAACAUCUCAUUAGGCUUCCACAUCCUCAACAGCUACUAUGUUCCAAGGAUGACAUAUAAAGCCACCCUGAGCUUGCUUUCCACACACCGGAAUUUUGUGCCCAAUUUCAAAUGUGAUAUACAGAACAAUCAGAUCGCAGUCAUUGGCGGACUGAGUUCAGAAACAUCUGCUGAUAUUGCCACCAUAGUUGCCAUUAAAAAGAUGCCACAGUUGCAUCAUUUUCUAAGGAACAUCAUGUUCAACAACAGUGCUGGAGACACUGUGUGUUUUGAUGAAAAUGGAAUCCUGAAAGCUGGGUUUGAUGUCACAAACUGGGUAACGUUCUCAAAUGGAUCUUUUCUUAGAGUCAAAGUGGGAAAGAUGGAUCCUCAGGCUCCUCAAGGCAAAGAGUUGACCCUUAAUGAUACUCAAAUUUUGUGGCAUAGAACAUUCAACCAGGAAGUGCCCCUUUCCCUCUGUAAUGAAUAUUGUCAUCCUGGCUACAGUAGGAAAAAGAAAGAAGGGAAGAAGUUUUGCUGCUAUGAUUGUACUCAGUGCCCAGAAGAAACCAUUUCUCAGGACAAGGACAUGGAUGCCUGUGUUAAAUGUCCACAAGAUCAUUAUGCCAACAACAAUCGAGAUCAAUGCAUUCCAAAGGUCAUACACUUCCUCUCUUACAAAGAACCAUUAGGAAUCCUCUUAACGAGUUUGGUUAUUUCUUUCUCUCUGAUCACAACUUUGGUAAUUGGAAUUUUCAUAAAGUACCAGGAGACUCCCAUCAUCAAAGCCAACAACCUCACCCUCACCUACAUUCACCUCCUCUCCCUUCUUCUUUGCUUCCUCUGCUCCUUGCUCUUCAUUGGACAACCUUCACAAGUGACCUGCCUUCUCCGACAAACUAUCUUUGGUAUUGUCUUUUCUGUGGCCCUUUCCAGUGUGUUGGCCAAAACCAUCACCGUAGUUUUAGCAUUCACGGCUACCAAACCAGGAUCCAAGAUAAGGAAAUGGAUUGGGAAAAGAACGGCCAGUUCUCUUGUCCUUUUCUGCUCCUUUAUCCAAGCAGGCAUUUGUACACUUUGGCUAAGCAAUUCCCCACCAUUCCCUUUUAUGGACAUGCAUUCGAUUACAGGGGAAAUCAUACUGGAAUGUAAUGAGGGCUCUGUUACCAUGUUUCACUGUGUUUUGAGCUACAUGGGCUUUCUGGCCAUUGCCAGCUCCAUUGUGGCUUUCUUUGCUAGGAAGUUACCUGACAGUUUCAAUGAAGCCAAAUUCAUCACCUUUAGCAUGUUGGUCUUUUGCAGUGUUUGGUUGUGCUUUGUUCCAACCUACCUGAGCACCAAAGGUAAAUCGAUGGUGGCUGUAGAGAUUUUUUCUAUCUUGGCCUCCAGUGUUGGCUUACUGGGUUGUAUCUUUUCCCCUAAAUGCUACAUCAUUAUUAUGAGACCUGAGCUGAACAACAAAGAUCAAGUAAUGAGAAAAAAGUAA